AUGGCCACAGUCCUAGUCACCACAGGUGCUACCGUCACCUUCACCAGGCUCUUGGAGACCGUUCUAACCCCCGAAUUCAUCCGCCAGCUCAUCGCCAAUGGAGUGUCCACGUUAAUUAUUCAGUACGGAAACGAAAUAAAAAACGGGGUCAAUUUGAGCUCGAAGGUGUUCCACAGCCUACUUACCAAGCAUCAGAUUGUUUCCAGCUUGGGCCUCAAAGCUGCAGACUCAAAUGACCAAAUAGAGACAUACUCCUCAUCACAGUUCACACUAGUAGCACUCCCCUUUUCCCCCACAAUUAGCAAGUAUAUCGACCAGGCUGAUGUGGUUGUUUCGCAUGCAGGCACAGGAUCGAUCGUGGAUGUGUUGCGUGCCGAUAAGAAGUUGAUCGCAGUGGUGAAUGACGAGUUGAUGGACAAUCACCAAGCAGAGGUUGCCCACGAGUUUGCACAAUUAAACUACUGCUUGCAUUCCGAAAACCAGGCUGCCACCUUGAUUCUGCAUAUCAAGCUGCUCCUUCAUGGACUGGUGACGCUAAUUCCGUUUCCACCGCAACAAAAGCACAUUGUUCAGUCGAUAUUAUUUCAAGAGGCAAACAAGUGA